UCCGGAUAGAGCAGCACCGCGUACCCGCGCGUUUUUCAUCGGCUCUCCUCUCCUUUAACGUGGAUCAUCAGUCCAUGAUCCAUCCUUGUUCGUUUCAAUUUUAUUGAUCUCUAUUUCUCUCGUUUUAUUUCUUCGUCAUCCUUCGCUCCUCGAUUUCGAGUUCAUCGAAACGGACCAUCUCUGCAAAUCACGGAAGAGGGAGGUCUUUGUCGGACUGAAAAUCGAACGAGGUGCAUGUGAAUACGCCGAGGAGUUACGUUCGGAGCAACAGCGAAAGAACCCCGGGGCGAACCAUCAGGCGAAGAAAACACUACGAGAUCGAUAGUGUUGUGGCAACCACGUUAAAGACCACCACCCUGCCAAGUGGUACUCUAUCGAGAACUACGGUGGAAACGGUUAAUGUAGAGAGAUCGUUUCUUUCGCGUGUAGUAGAAUUAACGCGAGAAGUAACGUUGAGAGUCCGAUAGCUCGUAUAUGCGACAAUUUAUCUAAACAAGAGGCUAAUUGAAAUCAAAAGUACCUAUCAUCAUCUGACAUCGUCCGACGUUGCGAUUUUCGGGGUGUCUUCGAGAAGCACGUGUAACGUGUGUAUUCAGUGUUUUUUAAGGGGUGUAAGGAAGAGGAUACUGACUCUGUCUACGAGCGAGAAAGUCACGGUGAUCAAUUCCUUAGCGGAAAUCCAGCUUAACAAAAGCACGAGUUGAAUCGAAAACAGUCGUCGAAAAUAUGACGAGGUGGACCGAAAUCGUUUUACAAUGGCGAAGAACCAACAUCUACCUGAUUGCGUUCCUCGUUUUAUACGCGAAUACAGAAGCAGCACCGACUGAUUUCGUCGUUAGCGAUACCACUGCCGCGAAUUAUCUAGCGCAAUACGGAUAUUUGCCGCCGACAAAUCCGGAAAAUGGUGCUUUUUUAAGCGAGGAUAAAUUGAUAGCAGCGAUAGAAGAAUUUCAAGCAUUUGCUGGUCUUAAUAUAACAGGUGAAUUAAAUGAAGAGACUACUAAGCUUAUGGCUACACCAAGAUGCGGUGUUAAAGAUAGAGUUGGACCAGCUGCCGAUGGAAGAUCGAAGAGAUACGCUCUUCAAGGGUCCAGAUGGCGUACGAAGAACCUAACGUACAAAAUUAGCAAGUAUCCAACUGGUCUCAACAAACAGGAAGUGGAAAAGGAAAUAGCGAACGCGUUCGCUGUUUGGACGGGUGAAACUGAUCUGACAUUUACCCGCAAGGGAGGACACGAAAAUGUUCACAUCGAGAUCAGAUUCGAAGUAGGCGAGCACGGCGAUGGUGAUCCUUUCGAUGGACCUGGUGGCACCUUGGCACACGCAUACUUUCCCGUAUACGGUGGUGAUGCUCACUUCGACGACUCUGAACGAUGGACCAUCAGAAGCUACCGCGGUACCAAUCUCUUUCAAGUCGCGGCUCAUGAAUUCGGGCACUCGCUUGGCUUAAGUCACAGUGAUGUCAAGAGUGCCCUGAUGGCACCUUUUUACCGCGGCUACGAUCCACAUUUUACUUUAGAUCAAGACGAUGUUAGCGCGAUUCAGGCUCUAUAUGGCACGAAAACUAAAUCGCCACGAGGAUCGCGACCUGCGCCGCCUGCCGAAGAAGACCCUGAAUUGUGUAAAGAUCCAAAGAUCGAUGCAAUGUUCAAUACGAAAGACGGCGAGAUAAUUGCGUUCAAGGGAAAACAUUACUGGAAAUUAACAGACGACGGUGUGGCUAGCGGUUAUCCUAGACGUAUUAGUAGCACGUGGAAGGAGCUUCCAUCAAAUAUAGACGCUGCAUUUACAUACAGGAAUGGCAAAACUUACUUCUUCAAGGGCACGCAAUACUGGAGGUACAUUAAUACGACCAUGGACGGUGACUACCCGAAGGAAAUUAGCGAUGGUUUUACUGAUGCGGCUACCGUAUGGACUGGAAACGGCAAAAUUUACUUCUACAAGGGUACGAAAUUCUGGCGCUUCGAUCCAUCGUCGAAGCCACCAGUGAGAAGUAACUAUCCUAAACUCAUUCAAAAUUGGGAAGGCAUACCGAAUCACAUCAACGCGGCAGUAACGUACAAGGGCUAUACGUACUUCUUCCAAGAUAACGCCUAUUAUCGAUUCAACGACCGAUUGUUCAAGGUUGACGAUGCUAAUCCUGCCUUCCCGAGAUCAACAGCGUACUGGUGGUUUGGGUGCAAGUCCGCUAACAAAGGGACAAUAGGUAAUGAUCGCUGGCCAUUCGCAUUUGCCAGUAAUCUGGACGUGGCUGAUACAUACGACGAUUACGGUAAUCUUGACAGCGUUGGUGACAUCAUUCUAGACGCAGGAGGAACCGACGAGCUCGUCACAUCGUCGAAUCACCAUCACGAAAACUCUGGGGCGCCCGUGAAUUCGUUGCAUUCAUUGGAAAGCACACAGCAACUCUUGCUCAGCAUCGUCACAAUGAUCAUCGCGAGGUUCGUCGUGGCUACGUAAAGGCUUUGAGAUCGUCGACUUUGAGAAGCGAUGUAGUGACUUGAAACUCGAAUCGAUAUGCAUGCGCCGAAUGUGAUCGAAAGGUGUCGAUAGAAUUUUUGUUUAUUUUCCAUUUUCGAAAAGUGAAUGCCAAUCGAAACGCGUUCAAGAACUUGCGCUCUCGGUAAUUAAGUAGAUAGUUAGAAAAUUAUGACGAGCACAAUAUUUCCGCCGCAAUUAAACUGUCGAGGUGCGUCGUUGCGCGACGCAGCUAUAGUACGUAUUUAAAUUUGCACUAUUCAAAGAUAUAUAUAUGUAUGUAUAUAUAUAUAUAAAUAUCUUUCAAUAAUGUUUCACACGCAGUAACGUAACAUAGAAUGUUCUACACUGCCUAUUUAUUCGCGUGUCCAUUAUUCGCAAAGACUUUAAACAUCAAAGGCACUUAUAAAUUCCUGGGGAUCCAAUCGUUUGAUUAAAUCGCGAGGUGUAUAAAAGGAUAUUCGGGCAUUGCGACAUGACAAGCAAUAAUCGGAUUCUUUAUUGACAAUAUUGUAAUUAAAAAAUAUUUGUUGAUCAAUUAAAAAUGUUAUGUGAAUAUUAUAGACUCUCCUACUUAUGUAAUGUAAAUCCUAAAAUAUUUUAUGUAACAGUAAGAAAUUACAGCCUAUGUAUUACUUUCAUGAAAUAUCUAAUCAUAUUUGCAUGCGCAAUACAUUUUUAUAUGUAUGUAAAUAUCUAUACUACUAGUGUCAUCGUUGCUGCGUUGCGACUAUUCUAAAGUGACUGUUAUCUUAUGGUGCAAGUGCCUUAGAAAGUAUUUUUGUAAUUUAUACAACUCUCUGAAAAGAAUUGUAAAUGCCAGAUAUGUUCAAGCGCAACUUUUUCUACACGUCAUUUCAAACUAAGUGUUUGAUUUCGCUUCCAUUAUGCGACGUUGCGUAUGUCUGAAGUGAAUUGUUUUUAUAUAAAUGCUUUCAUUACGAUUUCUGUCAUUGAUAGCUU